UCCAAAGGCCUGGCUCAGGAGUGAUCAUGUGCCACCUGUACCAUCAAGAUCAAGAUCAAGUGAGGUGAGCGAGCGAGAGAGAGAGAGAGAGAGAGGCAGCAGGAGAGGGAGAGGAGCAGACGACCAAGAUGCCGCAAGAUAACACAGAAUCCAAGGGUGGUGGUGAUGGGGGUGGUGACGGCGGUGGUGGUGGUGGUGCCGUUGCUGUGAGGGACAGUGGUAAUGCAGGAGGAGAGGUGGCAGUAGCAGGGGAGGCAGCAGAAGGGCAGGUGGAGGGUCAGCAGGGGCAGCAGCAGGGGCAGGAGAGGCAGCCAACAGCAGGGGAGUCCUUCCUGGCCAUUACCAAGUCCCUCGUCAUCAGGGCCAUCAUCAUCUAUUUUAUCACCUCCUUCUUCAGGCGGCCCCAACAGCCCACAACAGCCCCUGGAGAUGCACCCUUGGACGUUACAGGGGGACCAGGUGCUGUCAAGAUCCCAGCAACCAACCUCUUCACAGAUGGUGCUUCCCUUGAUCUCUAUGUUUACAAGUCUGAGUCAGAGAUGUUUGGGGACUUCAGCGACUCCUCAGCUCUGGUGUGGAAGAAGGAGAAUCUUGUGUAUGGGGACUGGACAGGAGGACCCAAUGGAGAUGGCACCUUCACCCACUCUAUGACCUUCCCUGCCUCUGAGAAACUCCGCAACAAUGGGUCGGUGUAUAUCCAUGUGUACUUUGUGCGGAGCGGCUUCUCCCCCGACCCAGCGGCUGGCAGCAGCCGCCACAGCCGCCGCCACACCCUGUACUCCUCGCAGCGCCUCAACAAAUACAAGAGGCGCCGUUUCAAGAAGACAGCAAACCUCAUCACUGGGGAGACGUCUCGGUCAGCGGAGGAAAUACUGAAAGCAGAGACACUGAAGGAGGAGAUCUUGUCCCACUGGCACCCGAACCUGACCAUCAACCUGGUACAUGACUUCACCCAGUGGACUAGAGGAGCUGUACCACCGCCCCUUGAUGAGUUUGUGGAGUUCACUGCUUCUGGGGACAAGUACAAGCCCAUUACCUUCCUCAACACUUACUGGAAUUUGGUGAAGGACUACCAGCCCAUCAACAGCUCCACUACCAACUUGGAACUCUCCCUCACCUUCCAGCCACUCUCUCUCUUCAAGUGGCAGCUGUAUGCCGCACAAGCCAUGAAGAGCAGGUGGCCGGGCACAGCUAUACUGGAGGGCCUGGGAGGGGAGGAGGAUGAGGAGGAGCAGGACACAAUCAAGGAGGCUUUCCUGGAGACUUCACCAUACCUCCUUGGCCUCACCAUCCUUGUCUCCCUCCUCCACUCAGUGUUUGAAUUCCUUGCCUUCAAAAAUGACAUCCAGUUCUGGAACAACCGUGAGAGCCUGGAGGGGCUGUCAGUGAGGUCUGUGUUCUUCAAUGUGUUCCAGUCGGUCAUUGUGCUGCUCUACGUCCUGGACAAUGAGACCAACUUUGUCAUCAAGGUGUCAUGUUUUGUGGGGCUUGGCAUUGAGGUGUGGAAGAUUACCAAGGUGACUGACGUGUCCCUGGACCGAGAGCACCGCAUCCUUGGCUUCCCCCGGCUGCGUUUCACAGACAAGAGCACCUACGUCCACUCCAACACCAGGCAGUACGACCAGCUGGCCUUCCGUUACCUGUCUGUGUGUCUGUUCCCUCUGCUGGGCGGCUACUGUGUCUACUCUCUCGUCUACAAUGAACACAAGGGAUGGUAUUCCUUUGUCCUCUCCAUGCUCUAUGGAUUCCUCCUCACUUUUGGCUUCAUCAUGAUGACACCACAGCUCUUCAUUAACUACAAGCUCAAGUCUGUAGCUCACCUGCCAUGGCGCAUGCUCACCUACAAGGCUCUCAACACCUUCAUCGACGACAUCUUCGCCUUCGUCAUCAAGAUGCCCACCAUGUAUCGCCUCGGCUGCCUCAGGGAUGACGUCAUCUUCUUCAUUUUCCUCUACCAGCGCUACAUCUACCGUGUUGACCCAUCAAGAGUGAACGAGUUUGGCUUCUCACAAGACAUGGAGACGAAAGCCAAAGAGAAGAAACUGCAGGUUGCCUCACAGGGAACAGCAGCAGCGGUAGGCAAUGGGUCGGCUGCUGCAGAGGAGGCUGAGAAGUCUUUAGAGGAGAAGAAGAAGGAUUAAAAAGGGUUUUAUUGAGUAUAUAUGAGAUCUUCACGCAGUUUUUAAUAUUAUUUGAUUGUUGUGGUUAUUUAUGUUUUUAUCAUAUUUUUGGUGUUUCGUGAUUUUUUUUUUUUUUGUUGUUGCAGUAUUCUGUCCUCGUAUUCAUCAUGGAUGGGGUUUGUCUGUUUGUGUGUGUGUGUGUUUGUUUGUGUGUGUUCGUGAUUGUGUGUGUGUGUGUGUGUGUGUGUGUGCAUACGUAAUAUCACACAAAUAUGUAUCUUCACUGUAACCUGGUGUCUGUGUGUGUGUGUAUGUGUGUGUGUUUGUGCGUGCCUGCCCAUCUGCAUGUAUAUUGUGUGUGUGUGUAUGUGUGUGUGUACUGCCCGGUGACCUCUGCUGCCCAGGUCAUCCCUUCCUUCUGACCUUAAAGAAAUUCCUCACUGCAAUUGUAAAAUGUAUCAACAAAUGUCUUGGUCGUCCUUGCAAUGUAUUUUUCUGUGCGGAAGUGUUGCCGUCAAACAAACCCCAGCUCUCGGGACUCAAGGAAGGAAAGGACGUGUGUAUAGCCACAUUAACACGAAAAAACUAAGAAAAAAAAACAUACAAAAAAACAUCAAUA